AAGACUUACUGAAAGAUGUCCUGUCUCCUGAAAACUCUGAGCCUCAACACUAUGAGCCACAGUAUGUUGAUUACUAUUACCAGGGGGGUGAACUCCAGGACUGUGCCUACUUGGACAGCGAGAGCGCCUACAGCGAGUCGGAGCUGUUCCCUGAUGAGGACGGGAUGACUCUGGCCCAGCAGGAGGUUCACCAUGAGUCUGACAUGGACAGUGCCAUCGAGAGUGCCCAGAGCUCGGAGGCCUCUGACGUCUGCCAGGACAAGGACGGUGUCCUGGGGGGCCUCUUCCUGCCCGGGGACAAGUCAAGUCCUCACAACCCUUCUGCAGCAUCUGACCUCUCCACUUACUCUACCGCCUCUCUGAUCAGUAAUGAAGAACAGUUUGAAGAUUAUGGGGAAGGAGAUGAUGUGGAUUUUACUCCCAGUAGCCCAUGCCCUGAUGAUGAGACCAGAACCAACGCCUACUCUGACCUUGGCUCAUCUGUAUCUUCCAGCGCUGGCCAAACCCCCCGAAAAAUGAGGCAUGUUUAUAACAGCGAGUUACUGGAUGUUUACUGCUCACAGUGCUGCAAAAAGAUAAAUCUCCUCAACGAUUUGGAAGCCAGGCUGAAAAACUUGAAAGCAAACAGCCCUAACAGGAAAAUAUCAAGCACAGCUUUUGGAAGACAACUCUUCCACAACAGUAACUUCAGCAGCAGCAAUGGCAGCACAGAAGACUUGUUCAGAGACAGUAUAGACUCCUGUGACAAUGAUAUCACUGAAAAGGUAACGUACCUAGAGAAGAAGGUGACAGAACUGGAGAAUGACAGCCUGACCAAUGGUGACCUGAAGAGCAAACUGAAACAAGAGAACACACAGCUAGUUCACAGAGUUCAUGAACUAGAGGAACUAUUGAAAGACCAAGAAACAUCAGCAGAACAGACCCUGGAAGAUGAGAUAAAGAGACAUAGAGAAGCUUACAGCAAGUAUGAAAAAGAGAAAGGCACUGAAAUCGAACUGCUGAAUACAAGGGUUCAGCAACUGGAAGAAGAAAAUGGUGAUUUGAAAAGCACUGUCACACGGCUGAAAUCCCAAACGGAGAGAUUAGAUGAGGAAAGGCAACGCAUGUCAGACAGGUUGGAGGACACGAGUCUGCGACUGAAGGAUGAGAUGGAUUUGUACAAGAGAAUGAUGGACAAGCUGCGGCAGAACAGGCUGGAGUUCAACAAGGAGAGGGAAGCCACACAGGAGCUCAUCGAAGACCUGCGGAAGGAGCUGGAGCACCUGCAGCUGUACAAGCUGGAAUGUGAACGCCCUGGGCGUGGGAGAAGCUCCUCAUCCAGCGUGAGCGAGUUCAACGCCAAAACCAGGGAGGUGGAGAUGGAGCACGAAAUAAAGCGGCUGAAGCAGGAGAAUCAGAAACUUCGUGACCAAAAUGAUGACCUUAAUGGACAGAUCCUAAGCCUCAGUCUUUAUGAAGCUAAAAAUCUCUUUGCAACGCAAACAAAAGCCCAGUCACUGGCUGCUGAAAUUGAUUCUGCAUCAAGAGAUGAGCUCAUGGAAGCCCUCAAAGAGCAGGAAGAGAUAAACUACAGAUUGCGACAGUAUAUGGACAAGAUCAUUCUGGCAAUCCUGGACCACAACCCGUCCAUCUUGGAAAUAAAGAAUUGAAGAGAAUAGGAGAAGGAAAAGCAGCAACUGCCUGAUAUUUCUGCACAUGCCACUGGAUCUAAACAACACUCUGAUACUGUAAAUUAAUCUAUAAAUAUAUAUAUAUACACUACGUGUGAGUGUGGGUGCGCGGGUGUGUUUAUAUGAUGUUUGGUACACUGUUAUUUGUCAUUGAAUUGGCUUGGUUAGACUUUUUCCAUGCACUUUCAAUACCUGUGAUAAGAUGGAUACUGUAUAUUAAUGUAAUAACAAUAUAACUGGAUCAUGCUGUUUUAGAUACUGGACAAAAUGACUCUACCUCUAGUUGUAAAGGUAAAAAAGACAAUGGAAACAUAUGGAUGUGGCCCUAACUUUAGGAGCAAGAAUUUUUUCUUCGUUCUUCCAGGAAUUUGGGUACCACAAACCAAUUGACAUACCCAGGUUCAGUUCCUGACUGGUGCUGACUGUGUAAUUUACUAUUUGAUUAAGUUUUAGUACUUCAACCACGCAUCGGGUUAAAAAAAACAAACAAACAAAAAACCAAACACACAACAAAAAAACAAACUUUGGGAAAAGACAAGACACAAAGUAAACGGGAAGAAGAGGAAGAUACUGCAAAAUUGUUUGCUAUUUGCAAAGAAAAAAAAAAUCACCAUCCACUUGUUUGCCACUGUCAGCACAAAGUGCUUUUGAUGUAAGAUCACUUUGGAGCCUGCUCUGGGGUGCUCUGAGCCAGCUGCUCCUCGGUGUGUGUGUUUGUUGUGCCGGGAGGGGGGUCCCUGUAGCAUUGAGGCAAAGAGCUCUUCCAAUCUCUUCCCCUAUUUUCAGGGGUAUAUCACGGGCCAUUAAGAUGAAUUCUGGGAUCCUGCCCCUUCCCCUCACCCUGAGUUUAAAGAUUUCACUGAAGGAAUGCAUUCCAGUUCUUACCAAAAAAAAAAAAUAAAUUUUUGCAUGACAUGUCUUCAGGGGAGGAGGAGGAGGAGCAGCCCUUGACAUCACGUGCUGAGUUGCUUUUCCAGCCCAUAUAGCUGCACUCCUUUGACCUUUUUUUGGGCAGGCUGUGGAGAGAAUCCAGUGGUUGCUGACACAGCCAUGGAGAGCAGUCUGGUGUGGAGUGGAUUUUACCUAUAGGGCAGGAAAAAGAAGGAGCUUGGUCUUGCAGGAGUUACCAGUCCAGACUGAGCACACACGUGCAUAUCUAAAGCUCUAAAUAGGGAACACAUCCUCGCUUAGCUGAGCAGUUGUGCAGGUGCUUAACUUUUAAGUGUGUACUGAGACUGCUCAGAGAAGUCAGUGUGACAGAAUAUAAGCUUUAAAGUUGAGUUUAUGCUUAAAUGCUGCCUUAAAUAGGGAUGACUUCAACAUGUGCCUGUGUUCUCCGGAGCUGGAUCUGUGUACUGUAGGGCUAGGACCUUUUUAAUUAAUAAUGUAGCUUAUAUAAGGAGCUUAUGGAAUCAUUUGGGUAGUUGAAUGCUAAAAAGGAAUUUUAUUCCAUGCACUUUUUUUAAAGUAAAAGUUUCACACUUUUGAUUCACACCAACUGGCACAGAAAAAUAGGCCCGAGUAUCUGGCUUUCCCCAGUGCAUAGAGAUGUUUCCUCUCUUGAAUACACUCCCCAGAAGAACGUUACAGUAGCAAUGACUGUGCUUUUCUGUGUAUUUCUUGCUGUUGGCAGUGUCUUGCCCUUAGUAUUCUCUCGAUGUAUCUUGGUGUGUAUAUGUGAUGCAUUUUUCCUGAAUUUGAAUACAUAAAACUGUAUUCAGUUAUGGAUGUAAAUAUAUAUAUAUUUUUCUGCAA